GACAUGAAGUGGCAGACAUGGGGGAUGUUCCGGCCUUUCGUUGAACUCUCCAUGGUUGGUCCCUUCCUGGCUGACAAGAAGGGCAAGUUCACCACAAAGUCCAAGAACAACAGCUGGACGGCAAAGUUCAACGAGGCCUUCCAGUUUGUGCUGGGCAAGGAGUCCCCAGAAUGCUAUGAGCUCCAGGUGACGGUGAAGGACUACUGUUUCGGCCGGGCGGACCGGGUGGUCGGCAUAGCCGUGGUCCAGCUGUGUGACGUCGCCGACCGCAAGAGCUGCGUGUGCUGGUGUCCCCUCAAACCGUUCAAACCGACGAGACGGGCAUGA